UAGUAGAAGCGGCAUUGAAGAAACUAAUAUCCAUUAUACACAUUUGAAUACAGAUUAUAUCAAAGAAAAGCUUAUUUUAAAAGAGUUUUGGCGAGCUUGACAACUCUGAAAUUUCAGAAUUUUUUAAUGGAAUGAAAUUCACGCAAAAAUGAAGUUCGUAGAUUUAAAGUCUCAAGUUCUACUACAUGUUAUAUUGAUGGCAUCCCAACUGAUUCAAGUUUCGUGUAGAUCUAUAGAUGAACUGAUUGCCGGGGCAUCGAGUGGCUUCUAUCUGAAAGAAGUAGAGUCGGGGUCGGUCAUGCGUGAACUUGAUAUGGUCUUGACCACACAACAAUACAACGCCUUGUAUGAAUCCAGUUCUGCCAGUGGUGAGCAGAGGGUAAAGAAAUGGAAAAGAAAGGCUAUAAGGGACCAGGUUUACCGAUGGCCCAAGAAAGAGAUACCUUACGAAAUUGUUCCCAACAUAUUCAGCACCAGUGACUUGAGGGAGAUCAAUGCUGCCAUCGCUGAGUGGCAGAACUACACAUGUAUCACCUUUAGAAGGGCCACCAGAUCAGACGAAAACUACGUCACUAUCGACAACGGGGAUGGGUGUUCCUCCAGAGUAGGAAUGAUUCAAAGGCCCCAGACUCUAGGCCUUGCGCGCAGGUGUAGGGUUAAAGGCAUAAUUAUACAUGAGCUAGGCCACGCUGUCGGGUUCUUUCACGAGCAGAACCGCCCCGACAGGGACGACCACGUGACUAUUCUUAAGAAGAACAUAAAUUCGACUGCGUUAAGCAACUUUCGCAAGUACCCCGUCAAGGCUGUCAAUACGUACGGAGUACCUUAUGACUACAGUAGCGUGAUGCACUACGGAGGGCGCGCCUUCUCCAACAAUGAGGGACUUACCAUCCAGACAAAGGACCCGAGGUACCAGAACGUCAUAGGAAACCGAGAAGGUCUAAGCUUCAACGACAUCAAGCUGGCCAACCUUAUGUACAACUGCCACGACCGCUGCGGCAACAUCCAGUGCCCACAGCAAGGAUUCGUGGGCAAAGACUGCAGAUGUUGGUGUCCCGGAAGUCCUGUCCAGCUCUGCGCGAAAACUGGAACCGUGCAGACAACGCCCAAGCCUGUGACUCGAGCUACCUCGCCAGCCCCAACUUGCAGCGACAUGAACACCCGCUGUCAGAGCUGGGCAAAGGACGGUUACUGCAAUAGAAUCUCUUACAUCAGCAUGUACUGCAGAGCCUCCUGUGGAAAUUGUCAGACCAGUAACACUAAACUAAAAACGCAAAAUACCUAUGUGUUAUAAUAAAUGAAAAACUGUCAUAGAAUCCCCAUAUUGAUGAAACUAUCAAAAAAUCAAACAAAGCAUUAGGGUUUAUUAAAAGAAAUUUCUAUAAAUCAAAUAAGAACAUAAAACUAAAAUGUUAUUUAACCUUGGUUAGGCCAAUAAUAGAAUAUGCAUCCUCUGUUUGGGACCCCUCAACUCAAGAAAACAUUAAGAAACUGGAACAGACACAAAAUAGAGCAGUGAGAUUCAUAACAA